AUGUCAUCAAAAUCUGUCAGCAAAACAAACUUACCCCCAAUAAAUCUAAUAUUUAAGUUCCUACAACAACAAUCGCUUGUAACAAUAUGGCUAUAUGAAAAAUCGCACCUGCGAAUCCAAGGUAAAAUCCAAGGAUUUGAUGAGUAUAUGAAUCUAGUGAUUGAUGAAGCAGAAGAAAUUGUCAAUGGUAAGAAAACACCACUUGGGAAAUUGCUAUUGAAAGGAGAAAACAUUACCCUUAUUUCCAGUUUAGAUGUAUAG